UUACUUCGGAAGUAAGGUUUCAGACAAUGAAUUCAAAAACAGAGGGGCUUAUCUCAGUUCCACCAAUGACCGUUUAGGGUCUAACUCCCAAAACUCCCCUCAGGAGGAGCUCCAUCGCACCCUCGAGGGCCCGGCCAACCAGAGGGGCGGGUUUUCCGGCCGGAAGCGGGCUCCUACCGCAAUGGCUUCCCGUGGGGUCGUUGGUCUUUUCCUUCUCUUCGCUAUUCCCGUCUUAUGUCUGGAGCUCCGGCGUGGGAUUCCGGAUCUAGGAAUUAAAGAUCUCAUUUUGCUGUGUGGCCGGAUUUUCUUACUGCUUGCUCUUCUUUCUUUAAUCAUUUCUGUGACUACCUCAUGGCUUAACUCAUUUAAAUGUUCCCGAGUUUAUCUGAAAGAUAAAGAAGAGGAGGAGAAUGAGAAAAGACAAAAACUUGUGAGAAAGAAGCAACAGGAAGCACAGGGUGAAAAGGUCAGCAGAUACUUAGAGAAAGUUUUAAAACCUCACCAGGAAAUGAAAUUGAAAAAACUGGAAGAGCGCUUCUAUCAGAUGACGGGUGAAACCUGGAAGUUAAGCAAUGGUCACAAGCUUGGGGGUGAUGAAGAUUUGCUGCUUAAGAAUGCAAGUCAGACAUCUUUCGAAACUGCAAACAGAGAAGCAGCAAAGAGACGGAACUUGCCUGAGCCUGUCACCAAAGUUUCAUCACCUGCUGAGCAGCCCCCACAAAAGAAGGUUCUUGAGUUACCUGAAGAACCUCCUGAAGCAGCUGAAGAAGUAGUUACUGUUGCUCUCCGGUGUCUAAGUGGCCGUGUCCUGAGGAGAAGGUUUUUUAAGUCCUGCAGCUCGCAGGUCUUACUUGAUUGGAUGAUGAAAACUGGUUACCACUCAUCGUUAUACAGCCUUUCUACCUCCUUUCCCAGGAGGCCUCUGGAAGUGGAUGGAAGCUGGACACUGGAGGACAUAGGAAUAACUGUGGAUACUGUACUCAAUGUGGAAGAGAAAGAGCAAAGCAACUAAUUAGGAAAUGAGAACUACCUGUUCUACAUAAAAUCAGUUAUGCUAUGACCUUACAGGACAAUAAAGGAUUCAAUUAAAA